AUGGGAACACGGGAUAACCAGCCGCCGUCGACCGCUCAACCACCAGUGAUUCCUGGAAACGCCGCUAGUGAGGAGACAGUGCCCGCGAGCGAAACACCUAGAAAUCUGCUACCCGGCACUAGUGAUGGGAACGUGUCGGUGUCGGUAAAUAGUCACGACGUAUUUAGAGUGGGGAUAAAAGUGCCUCCCUUUUGGCCAGAAGAGCCAGACAUCUGGUUUGCGCAAAUCGAGGGACAAUUUGACCUGCAAAGGAUAACGAGUGACACGACCAAAUUUAAUUACGUCAUUAGCCACCUAGACAAUCACCACUCACGGGCGGUCAAAGACAUUAUUAUUAAACCUCCCCCAAGCGGCAAGUAUGAAAAACUCAAAGGUGAGCUGAUCAGAAGAUUGAGCGACUCGAAAGAAAAGCGCAUCAAGCAGCUGAUGAUGCACGAGGAGCUGGGCGAGCGGAAGCCGUCGGAGUUCCUGCGCCACCUCCAGGGCCUAGCGGGCGUCAGCGUGGACGAAGAUUUUAUGAAGACCAUGUGGAUCGGCCGCCUGCCGCACGGAAUCCAAACUGUGUUGGCCGGGCAACCCAGCACAGCGACGCUAGAAGCCCUGGCUGACCUGGCGGAUAGGGUCAACGACCUAGCUUCAGCGACGCCACGCGUGGCAACCGUCGGCAACGCAGUACCCGGCUCAGUGAUCAGCGACCUCGCCAAAGAACUGGCGGAACUUCGGCGGGAGCUUCGGGAGUUGAAGACUGGACCUGGUCGAACCUCCAGAUCCCGCACCUCAUCCGCGCGAGGCAGCCGCAGCAACUCCAGGCAACGCUCCGAAUCGAAUUAUAGAAAAUACCCAACAUGCUGGUAUCAUAGCAAAUUCGGAGAGAAAGCCAGCAGGUGCACCCGCCCAUGUGACUACUCUUCGGAAAACGCGAAGGGCGGUCGAUAA